AUGGGCUCCCCCGAGAGUGGUGAGCACCCCGGACUUUCCAGGAAAUCCAUCCCCCCGUGGGUGUCAGACGAUGGAUCCCUAGUGGGCUCCGCAACCACCAACAGGGCCAUUCAUUCGGCCAGCGCCUCGUUUUCGAACCAGAGGCCCCCGUCGGCGGGGCCGGCGCACGACAGCCACAGUUUAGAUGCUCCUGGCGACUACGGCCCCGGCAGUGUGUCCCCCAGCACCUUCCACGGGCCGCGCCAAGCAUGGGAGCCACUACCCAGACGCUCCACUCCCCGUCUGGCCCAUUCGGUCAGUCGGCUAGCCGCCGAAAACCGAGCGGGAAGAGCCAGUCCCGUCGGCAGUGAACCCCGUCAAUUUCGACUGUCCGCCGAAUCCGCCGACGAAAUGACUGGUAGUGACGGCGAGCGUUCCCGCCUGCACCCCCGGCCCGUGCAAUCUAGCCCCGCGUCGACCGAGGGACCGGUGGCGGCGCCCACCCCCACGACCAAACAGCGACACGCCGCGUCGCGGCCGAGAGGGUCGCGUGGUGGUACCACGGAGAGACUCAGCUAUGGACAGGAGUCGGCGCGAGGAUUGAGUUUUGAGCAGAAACCCGCUGGAGGACUCUCUGCGGUAGCCGGAGGUACAGCAUCACAUGGUACUUUCCUGCAGCCAGACACUCAUCCUAUAACAGAAGAGCAAUUGAUCAAUGAGGUUCGCGGAAUCUACGCCGGCCUGGUCAUGGUGGAGAAGAAGUGCAUCGAAAUCGACAAAGAGCAGUCCGAAUCGAACAGCGAACUCUCCCACCAGCAGUGGCAGACCUUGAUCUCGUUACACCGCACCCUGCUCCAGGAGCACCACGACUUCUUCAUGGCCUCCCAGCACCCGUCCGCGAGCCCCGUCCUGACGCGACUGUCCGAGAAAUACGCCAUGCCGGCUCGAAUGUGGCGCUACGGCAUCCAUGCCUUCCUCGAACUUUUACGACACCGACUCCCCGGUUCACUUGAUCACAUGCUAACUUUCAUUUAUCUGGCCUAUUCCAUGAUGACCCUGCUGAUGGAGACCGUCCCCGCCUUCGAGGAGACGUGGAUCGAGUGCCUCGGAGAUCUGUCGCGAUACCGCAUGGCCGUCGAAGAGGUCGAUCUGCGCGACCGGGAAGUGUGGGCGGGGGUCGCCCGGAACUGGUACAACCAGGCGGCCAACCGAAAUCCCGACGUCGGACGGAUUCAACAUCACCUUGCCGUGCUGGCGCGUCCCGACAUCGUGCAGCAGCUUUUCUACUACACCCGGUCAUUGGUCAGCGUGCGUUCCUUCGCGGGCACCCGGGAGAGCAUCCUCCUGCUGUUCAACCCGAUCCUCAAGGGACCCCGAGCAAAUCCCCAUCACAUGGCGGCCAUCUCCUUUGUGGCUGCGCACGGCCGUCUCUUUACUGGAGGCACCGCCGCCCAAUUUGCCGCCUCGGCAAAAGAGUUCUUGUCAGUGUUGGACAAACACCUAGGCCGGGUUGGCUCCGCGUUCAAGAUGCAGGGCGUCCACAUGACCUCCGCCAAUAUCGCCUCCAUGCUCCAAUACUCCGGCACGGACAGCCUCCUCUCUGCAGAAUUCCACCAUGCGGCGCAACAUCCGAGAUCGCUUGAGGCGGCGUACAUGUCCGCUGCCGAAAAUUGGACGCCUGUCCAGGAUGUCCAGCAGAUUGAAGCCGAUCUGACAGCACUUGAGAAUUUACAAAGUCCCCUGCCUCUCAUAUUCUACGGCUCCUGUCUUGCGUUCAAGACCUUGUCCGUCUUUCUUGAUCAGCUUGGCGACAAGAACAUCUUCCCCGCCGUUCACAGCUCUUUGGCCUUCCUCUGGUGCCUGGCUCUCACCACGAACGGCAUGAAGCACGUGGAAGCCAUGGUCCCUUGGGAGCGAAUUGUUACUUUCCUCAACACGAUGGUCCGCCCGUGGGUCGAUAUGGCCUUGGUCGAACAACCCGAGUUUCCCAUCUCAGAGGACACCCGAUGGCUCCCCGAGGAUUUUCUGAUGCGCGGCCAGCUCUGGAGCCAGACUUUCUACCCACCUGCGUUCUUUGUGGGCUCGCCCACGGAAGAUGACGGUCGCAACGUCGAACGGCCGUCUACGGGGAUGUCCAGGACCUAUCGAUGUCUUUGGCUAGGCGUACGCCUUGCCACGUUCAAUCGCUGGUUCACGUACGACCCGAAUGCGCACGUGUUCUCCGCAACGCCUUUUGCCUGUGCGCUGGAGAAGCUGGCCGAGUCCCAUGAUCCGCUCCAGAUAACAAGCCCGCCGAAGGGCCCGGAGGUCACCCUACACGAUGCUUGA